AUGGCUACUGGUCAACAUGAGAUAGAUAAAGCAAAUUUGAACGCUACAGCACCAGUAUCAGCAUCAGCAACGCGCCACCAUCGCUUGAAAAAAAAACAGAGUCACCACUGCAAAACUGGGGGAGAAUCUUAUGAUGCUGCCAAGUCCCAAGCUCAAUUGGCGUGUCCAAGGGGGGGUGUUGCAUUUGCCCUAUCACAGAGAGAUGGCGGAAGUGUCUGGAGAAGACAAACAACUGCUUGGCUCAAUUCUAGCGACAAUAUUAACGCCAUUGUUGCAACUCUGGCAUCUGCACACUGGGAUCCAGACGUUCAUAACCCCAGUGUUUGGAUUGACAGUGUGAAAUCGGCAAUGGAGGGGAAUGGAUAUGUGGAUAAGAGCUUGGGGUCAGUGGUGCAGAGAUGCAGAGGUAUCAGCGGCAAGGAUAUUUGUGUCAAUUUUCUGUUGAUGAUAAAUUACAUGCAAUUGGUGACAAAAUGCCAGAGUAAAUUUGCUGCAAUUGCUGGAGGGGGGUCAGUCUAUAUACUGAUCCUGGUUGCAGGACUUAGACUUAGGGUAUCUAUCGGUGGAAUGGAGGGCUCCUUGCCUUGGGACUUGGCUAACCUCCUACAAUCUCCUAUCCCGGGAUCUAUGGAGGAUUUUUUGACUUGGUUGUCUUCAAACCAUAUAGCCCUCCUCUAUCAGACUCACAAGACUUUUUGGAUGCUGAAGAUGACCCAGACCCGCCCCACUAUCCAACUGAAAGAGCACAAAUGUGAACGUGCAGAGAAGGGUGCCCGAGUUAGAAACAUAAAAGAUUUGCAAUCACAGCUCAAUGUGCACUACAAGGAAGGAAUGAAGGUAUCAGAUGACACCUACAUUUGUAUCCCUAUAGAUGCUAUUCCCAAUUCCUUGGUGGAUAUACGGAAUUCUGAUGAGACACUCAUGGCAUUCAUAUGUACCAAUCUUCCAGCAAAAAUUUGUAAUUCUCUCACAGCACUUCACUUGUCAUGGUACAACCGUCACUGUACCAAGGGUCGCAAAGCCCCAUCUGAUGUGCCACCGUCUAUGCUUGACAAAAUAAUCCCCUAUAUAUCCAAGGACAUCAAUAAUAACCAGGAAUUAUUUCAGUCCCUCAAAGUUGUCUUUGAAGAACUGUUUAACUGGAUAUAUUGUAUUAUGCAAACCCACCUGCCUGAAGAGUGUCAGAUGCUCGAGCAAGUUGCAUCUAUCUUACCAGGAAACCAUUGCUCCCCAGCUGCCCCCUUCCUGUCAAUUGUCAUCAACAUCAACGUACAAGCAAAGGCUCACCAUGAUAGCAAGGAUCAGGAGCUUUGUCUUGUUCUCCCCAUUGGAACAUUUAAGGGGGCUGCUCUUGCCAUGGUUGAGACAGGCCUUGUUAUUGAGCUGAACCAUGGGGACUUUGCAAUUUUCAGGUCAUCUGAUAUCACUCAUCUCAACCUUCAUUAUGAAGCCAAAUCUCAGUGGCACUUGUCAGGCAAAAGAAAUUCCAAGGGUAAAUCUAAAGCUCCUGGCUCCAAGGCUAAAAAUGAUACAGUUACUCUGAGUACUGAGGAGUAUCAGCAUAUUUUGGAUGCUAUGAAUUCUGGUGUGCAAUCUACCCAAGCAGCUCAAAAAGAGGCAUUGGAAGCCAAACGUCAAGAUUUUGAUGAUGGGGGAAAAGAUGGACCAAUUCUGGAUGAGCAAAAAAUCUUCCACACCUUCAUCCAGGAUGUCUUCAACUUCUACUUCUAUCUCAACACCUAUGGCUGUCUCUUUACUAUCAAAAAUUGGCAAAAGACACUUAUUGAUGCCUCCCAAGGUUGCAGAGAAUUACAAACCAAGCUUUUAGAGGUUCAAAGUAAUGAAGAAAUGAAAACCAUAUUGAUUGACUAUGUUUGGUCUGCUGUUGCCCAGGUCCGAGGAGAAAUUGUUGCCAAAGCACGCAUCAUAAUCAAUGGUGCUUAUCAAAUUCCCGGUGAUAUGGCCCCAGUUCAAAUCAAGCAGGCUGUAAUGUGGCUUUUAGAAACUGGUGCAUUUGCUGAUGGUGAUCUUGAUAUCAAAGCCAGGACAUUCAACAAGCAAAAGCCAUUUUGUCAUCAGAUUUUCAAGGACUUGAUUCAUAAUCAAUGGUAUGGGCAUAAGGGUGAGGGACUCUACUUGCAAUUACCACAGCAGCUAUUGAAUGUUCCCUCAGGGGAUACGCAAAUGGUGGGAGUACUAUUUCAAAAAGCUUCGGUGCUUCAGAAGAAAAGCCCUGUGUGGAUGAAGCAAAUGAGAGAUGGUCUGUACCAGGAUAUUCUAAAUCUGGCCAAUCUCCAUUAUCUAGGGAUUGAUGAAGACCAGAUGAAGGACGAGGAUUUUGGUAUUGAUUUUGAAGUUCUAGAGGAUACUAUCAUUGCACAAGCUGCUUGA